AUGAGUCUACGAGAAUCGCCCUUUCCUAAUAAGUUUGUUGAAGGUGUCCAUUCCGUGGGAUGGGUAUUAAUCUUUCCUUGUUUCUGGUAUCUCGACCGCCUCAUUGCUGUGUGCAAAUCCACCACAAAGGAACAAGCUGAGCGAAAGGAGCAAGAAUGCUACCUCCAUCCUCUCAAGGUCUUCUUCGGCUCUAUUGUCUUCUUCAUUUUUUUUGUCCUCACAGCCCCCCUGGCUUUCCUGGGCUUGCUGCUCUGGGCGCCCCUUCAGGCCUGCCGCAGGCCUUUUACCUACCACAAAGAGGCGCCAACGUCACUAGAGAUGGAGACGCACAGGGGCUUUGAGAUAGCAGGACAGGCCUCGCUUACCUUUGCCUCUGGUAACUUGUGUCUUCUGCCAGACAGCCUGGCUCGCUUUAACAACCUUGGCCACACACUGCGCAGGGCGUCUACCGUCGGCCAACUCAUCGUGACGAGCCAGUCAAAUUACCAAAGCGCCCCCACUGGGUUGCCCUCUCAGGAGCAGAGCGAGGAACCUUGGGAGGUGCUGACAUCUUUUCCAGCCAAUCUUGACAUCUUGUGCCUCGAGGAGGUGUUUGAUAAGAGGGCAGCCCAGAAGCUCACCAACAUACUAAAGCCAGUGUUUGGACACAUUCUGUACGACGUUGGUGUGUACGCCUGCCAGCCGCCCUGCCGGUGUUCGUCUUUUAAGUUCUUCAACAGCGGCAUGUUCUUUGCCAGCAGGUUUCCUGUGCUGCAGGCUCAGUACCACUGGUUUCCCAACAGCAGCGGAGAAGAUGCUCUCGCUGCCAAGGGCCUCCUCUCUGCUAAGGUGUUAAUCGGACAGAAUCAGAGCAGGAAGAAAGUUGUCGGCUAUUUUAACUGCACACACCUUCAUGCACCAGAGGGGGACGGGAGAAUUCGCUGUGAGCAGUUGGACAUGGUUGCCAGUUGGAUUGCUGAUUUUCAGGCUGCCAACAAACAGCCGGAGGAGGAGGUGGUUUUUGAUGUGCUCUGUGGAGAUUUCAACUUCGACAACUGCUCACCUGAUGACACUCUGGAACAAAAUCACGGUUUGUUUGAGGAGUACAGAGACCCUUGCAGGGCAGGACCUGGAAAAGAGAAGCCCUGGGUUAUUGGGACUCUGUUGGAGCAGCCCACGAUGUACGAGGAUGAAGUGAACACUGCAGAAAACCUCAAAAGAACGUUGGAAACAGAGGAGCUGAGGAAGCAGUACAUCUCCCCUCCUGUUGCUGCUGAAGGCUUCCCGUUGGUUUACCCAGAGACCGGCCAGCCGUGGAUCGGGCGACGGCUCGACUACAUCCUCUACCGGGAAAGCUCCGUGUCAAAGCUGUACAGAACAGACAUUGAAGCGGUGACCUACAUAACGCAGCUGGCCGGCCUCACGGACCACAUUCCUGUAGGUUUGAGACUGAAAGUCACCAUGGACUCCAGCUGUAACGACGUAUGACAGUA